ACUUAACCAGUAACACAUGCGUUUGUAAUGAAAUGCUAGUGAAUACAUCAGAUAUUAUGGAUAUUUCUUGGCAAUAAAUAACUUUUAUAUAACGUUUCAAAGAUUUUAAAUUUAUACUAAGCAUGAAACUUUUUAAAAUUUAAAAUGGAUGUGGAUUUAUCGGAACUUGAUGACUGGCUAGGGACACUCGAAGAAUUACAGCUGGGUUUGGAAAAAGCGACAAAUCCCAACCCUGGAAAUUUCAACCAUCCUAAAACUCCAGACAGAUCGUCUACACAUGCUCAUGUCAAUCAAAUUUUCAUUAAUCAACCUCCAAGUCCCAGUCUCCCAACAUCAUCAAUAACCACAUCUCAAUCGCAUUUGCACUCACCAUCAACAGCAUAUUGGCCAGGAAAUUCGCUCAGUCCAUCAUCACCUAAUCAUAGUUUACACGCUUCACAAAAAACAAAUUAUCCGCCCUCAUCAUCUUCAGUAAAUGAUAAUAGUAAUAACUUUAAUGCAAACAAUUUGUUAUCAUAUGCUACAAAACCCCCUGCUUCUAAUUGUUCAUCGACACGUCUGUUAAAUGGAAGUAAUGGCAAAACUCAACUACCAGUUCACAAACAGAUAUCCACUAAAUCAUCCAAUCACGUGUCUUUCAACCUACACAAUUCUCAAGAAGCUACAGCUGAACAUGAUUUGAGUAGUCUCCUUAGAGAACUUGAAGUGGUUGAAGAGAAAAUGAAAGAAUUAGAACAGGAAAAUAAUCAGUUCACUCGACGUUACAGUUUAGCUUCAUCCUCCAAUGGCAAACAUCCAACAUAUCCUGUUUCUGACAAACCUACAAUAGAAACUUCAAACUCAUCAGUAAUAGUCAGUGAUCAUCCUGUAAUUUCUUUAUCAGUUCCUGAUAGAAAAGAAAAUUUAAACAAAAGUAAUGGCUACAUUUGUGCAGAAUGGGCAGCUAAAUUAAAUCAUGAUGAAUAUGAUCAUAGUGAUAAUAGUAGAUUUUUAAAGAAAGAUUCCUCACCCUCACCUCCUCCACCACCGCCUGCAUUUCUUGGAGCUGGUGAUGCAUGUGCAAGCCCUACUAAUUCUCCGCCUAGUUCUUCAUAUUCCCCUCAUUCACAAUUAAUCCAACAACCAAAUGGUCUUUCACAAAUACCGAAAAAAUCUCCACAACGAAAUCAACUUAGAAGUGAUGAAUCAUGGUCUGUUAUUCAUGCGAACAACCCAAUGAAUGGAAUGAAACCACAUCAUUUAAACUCAUAUGAUGGUGGUUUAAAUGACAAGGAUAGAGACACAAUUCAAUUACAAAGGACAACUCAUGUUCCAGUUUAUAAUUCUCAGUCGUAUCAAAAUUUUGAUACUCAGAAACAGCUUAUUAAUGAACUAAGAGGAUUAUAUCGAAACUCAAGUACAAAAACUCAACCAAAAUAUUCUUUACAAUCCAAUGUAGAAAAACAAAUAUACUAUCCAAAUACUUCACCUAGUUCAUCUCCUACACCAAAUUACCAAGCAAAUUCAAAUUCUUAUAUCCCUACAUCAUCAUCUGACCAACAUGAAAUCAUCAAAACUAAUAUUAAUAACAAUAAUAAUAAUAACUCGUAUGUUCGUUCUAAGCGUUCCGAUGUUUACCGCUCAUAUGGAUCAUUAGCAACUAAUCAAGGAACAAACAACUCUGAUCCAGGAAUAAUGAAAGAACGUGAUUGUGAAGAAAAUAUUACAGUCAAUGAAACUGGCUGUUGGACACCAGAUCAAGUUUUUACACGACGUGAUUGCCUUAAAGCUAAUUCAUUGGCUGCAAGGGGUGGUAGCGAUGGUCUAUCGAAUUCAAUGAGUCCAGAAAGCUCAUUAUCAGAUAAAUCAGGUUCAGAAGCUAAUGAACUAAACCGUCUUCAUAUGUCAGACAGUUCAGAGAGUAAUCAAGCUAACAAAUUAGUAGUACGUGUGUUUCGUCCGGAUAGAACAACUAAAGCAAUAUUAAUUGAACAUCAAAUGACCGCUGGUGAAGUGGCUACUAUGAUGAUUGAAAAAAAUUUUUUACAACCUUCAGUACAUUUAGCUUUGGUAGAAAAAGUUCCAGCUUUAAAAAUAGAACGUGUUUUUGAAGAACAUGACAUUGUUUCUGAUUGUAUUUUGUCUUGGCCAACAAAAAGUCAAAAUAUGAUCUUCUUUGAAGAACGACCGGAUCACUUUGGUCUUGUUGAAUCACCAGAUUAUUGGAUUGGUGAAGAAACCACUACAAAACAAGCUUUUCAUAGUGCAGAAGCUAUUCAAACAAUGUUGAACAAUAUUGAUACCAGUGGUUUUCCAGAAUGGCGUGAUUAUUUGUUUAUACGUAAACCUGGUGAUAAAUCAUGGUCACGUCGUCUAUGUGUUUUAAGAAGUUCCGGUUUGUAUACUUCAAAUAAGAAUAAAAAGUCUUUCUCAUCUACAGAUCUUAUUCGUAUUCUGGUUUUGGAUGGACCUUUAAAACUUUAUACAACUACAGGAGGUUGGUCACGGAUGCGUGCACCUACUCCACACGGUUUUGCAUUCAAGGUUGGUUUUAAGAUAUCGUUACUCAGUGCACAGUUCCAGCAUCGCCUAAUGACAUGAUUUGAUAAUACAAACCAUAAAUUUCAGUCUUAAUUUUAUAAUGAAUCUAGUAUGACAAAGAAUCGCUGGUAACUUAACCGAUUUCACCCAUUCAUUGAUAAUUAUGAACUACAAUAAUGCAAUGAGAAGACGAAGUUUAUCAGAAUUAUGUGAUAUAUUUGCGCAAUACAUUUCGAACAAUCUGAAAUUGAAAGCCCCUAUAUGUGUUCAGAAACAAAUUGUCCUUACACUUAACCUACCCUACUAAUACUGAUUUAUCAUCCAGAGGUAAUCACAUUUGUUUUUGUGUACUUUAAUAUUUUUUCGUUUGUUAUGACUUACCCUAAACCUGUCUAAUUGACCUUUUAAUUUUCAUAUAUAAAUGUUCUUAACAAGUAUAUGUAUAAUCAGAUUGUUCGAAAUGUAUUGCGCAAAUAUACCACAUAAUACUGAUGAUCUUCGUCUUCUCAUUGCAUUAUCGAAAUUUAUCAAAAAAAACAAACAAACAAAUUGUUUUAAAUUAUGAACUCAAUCGAAAGAGAUCUUUGGAGACAUUUAAAGUUAGAGAAGCUUUAUAUAACGAAUUCACACAAAUAAUACAAACAUAAUAAAAUUUCAGGACAUCUAAAUUUUUUUAACAAGCGAGGAAUAAUCCAACUGAUCAUCAAAUGUAAUUAUUUAUCAUUCAACAUGAUUCGGUUUGGUCAUGUAAGUAAAUACUUAUAAUCUCCAAAGAUUAAAUGUCAACAAUGUGACUUCUGUUUUAAUUCAUGGCAAACGAAAUUGUUUGAUAUUGUGUAAAUUGUUUCCUAUUUCAGCCAUAUUCUGCACAAGAUCCUUCUUCUACACAUGUGUUUUGCUUCUGUGCAACAGAUGAGAAAGCAUUACGUCAUUGGGUUAGUCGACUACGUGUUGCUAAAUACGGAAGGCAACUACUGACUGAUUACCACAUGGCACUUAGUAGAGUUCACCAGUUGAUUAGUCUACGCACUCAACUAAGUAUUAAUUCCAACCGUUCAAGUAAUAAUAUGAUAAAUUUGAACUUACAACCGAAAUCAUCUUUUGAUUAUCUUUCACAAUCGUCAUCAUCAAUACAUGUCCCAACAGCCAGUUCUACACGAAGUCUUUUAACUGCUAGUUCUUCUCCAUCAGUUUUCCCACGGGGCGAUCCACGAUACUCAGAAAAUCAACAUCAACAACAUUCAUGUAGUAGACAAUCAUUACAUCCAAAUAUUCAAUCAUCAUAUUCACCACGUCCUGUUUCUCCUUUAAGUAUGAGAGCAAGAAUGAUAACCAAUUCUGAGCAUCCUUGCCUUAUAAACAUGAAUCAUUCUUCAGGACAACUUAAAAACCAAGAUAAAUUCCCUCCAACUAUACAUAAUUCAUCAGAUAGAUAUAAAUGAUUAGCAUCUUUCAACAUUUCAGUCGUCUUAUCAGUUAAUUUUCUAAAAAAUUCUCUAGAUUUAAGCAAUGAUAGAACCAUAAUAUCAAAUGUAUAAUUUAAAUAAAACCGAUGCUUUUCGACUGAAUCUAACAAAUUGCGCACAAACAUACACCUUUAAGAAAAUCUCUUUGUAUUAAUUAGAAAAGAAGUUGAAAUAAGUAAAUUGUUACUUUUCUUUACGUGAUCUUUCUUUCAUCAUUUAAGAUGAUGACCAAUAUUAUUUCAUUAUUCAUAAAUCUCCUUACAAAUAUGAUCAAUCCUGUUUAUAGCAAUUAUAAUUAUCAACACAAAUAUUCAAUCAGAUUUCAGUAUCAGAGCAUUUUUUUGAGAUAUUAGAGAAAUCGCUGUUUCUAUCUUAUUAUACAUACAUAAAGUUGCUUUUUUUUUCUUUCUAUAUAAAACAUGAAGUUUGUGAUCAAUAACAGUAUUAUAAUUAUUUGAUUACUAAAGAUAUACUCUUGGUGAGAGAAUCUAACCUAAAAUAAUAAGGCCUCUGGUAUUUUUUAUCUCAAACAGUUAUAUAUAUAUAUUUCUUACAUAAAGUGGACAAUAUUACUAAAAAUUGGCGCCAAUUUGUUUGUUACAUUUUUCCUACUGAAUAGUACUAAUUAACCUUUCAAUUAUAGAUAUUUUCUCUUAUCUUGGAUUACAAUCAAUUUGUACCACUGUACCCUCAGUUUAUAUACUUCUUUUUCAUGAAUUUAUUGUUCACUGCUGAGAUCUGAUUUCGAUUGUAUAUUUAUAGUUCAAUGGAAAUUAAUCGAUGUUGAUAAUGUUUCAUUUGAAAAGGAGACUAUUAUUUAAUGAUACAUAUAUAAAUAUUUAAACAAUGUAUAACAUAAAUCAACUUAAAAUGAUAUUGUGAUUAUUAUUAUAAUUAUUACUAAUAUAGACUCUAUUCUCAUCAGGUCGAUUGUUUCAGAAACAUAUAAGUGAAUAAACGUAAUUGACAAAGUGACCAUAGUUUCCUUUUUAAAAACAAAAUAAAUAAAACAUUUUUAGCAUCUAGACACUGUUUAUUUAGCUUAUUUUUCUCUCUUUAAUGUACAGCCUCAUUGUUCAAAAAAUAACAAACAAAUAAAUCAGUGGAUCAAUAAGAAUGA